ACGAGUGCGUACUCAUCGUUUGAACCUGAAGUUUACACAGAGCCACAUUACUAGCAAGUCGUAGCCCCAGUGAGUAACCCGUGUGUGCGUGAUUCGGACGGCGCAGCAUUCUUCGCCAGAAUAAUUCCAUUCAUUUAAUUUACCCACAAAUUCGCUUCAACAAAUAGCCAUGAAUCGAGCCGGACGAGUAAACACCGUGAACGCAAGGGAGCGAUUUUUCAAGUUUGAUCCCCGGGAAAAGAUGUAUGUUUGUAACAUCGGGAACUGUGACGGCAAAUUGAAGGGCAAGGAGAGCAGCUUGCGGCGGCAUAUUGCACACCGUCAUCCCAAGAUAGCGCAUCAAAUCGGCCUGACAGGAUAUCAAAGGCCAACGGAAAGGCUGCAGAAAUUUGCCAGUGAUCCGCCUUCGAAAAAAGUUAGGGCGAUUGCAUUGUCCGUCAAUCAGGACCAUUUUUUCACCGGAUUAAUUGAAAUGGUUGUCGUCAAUUCUACGCCACUCUCCUUCUUCGACAGUGAUGCUUUUGCGAGAACAACCGGCCUGCUGUCGACGAAUCUGGGCAUCCCCUCGGACAGCAUCGCAAUUGCAAACUCGAUCACCGAGGUAGCCGACAUAGUGAAAAGUUUGAUCGCAGCGGAUUUGAGAAAUAUUAUGUUUAGCAUAAAAUUCGAUGCAAUCGCCCACGGGGGACGUAAAUUGGUGGGAGUGAAUGUUCAUUAUUUGAAGAAUGGUGAAUUUGUUGUGCGAACGCUGUCAAUGGAGGACGUGACAGUUCCACAAACAGCAGAUGUGCUAAAAAACCGGAUAGAUGCCGUACUGGCAAACUAUCAGAUUGACCUGUGUAAUGUGUACUCCUGGAUCACAGACAACGGAAAGAAUAUGGUGAAAUGUGAUUCUCAAAAAGUUGACAUGGUUCGAGUUAAAACCGAAGAUAGUUGCGGAGAAGGAAUUACAAAUAUCAGCUACGUCACCGUUGUGGAAUCAAGCACCCCAAGUGUAGACGAAACAAAAGAUAAUAACAAAACUCGCCCGGAGGAGGACUUUGAUAUAUAUGAAGACAAUUUAGAUGAAAUGUGGGAAAAGACGACAGUCGAAGAAGAUACAAUUACCGACGAGCUUCUACAAAAUUUGGAAAAUUUAUUCCUGCCGGACGAGGAAAAAUAUGCCCAUAUGACAAGAUGUGGCAUGCAAACGUUAUUUCUGGUGGUAAAAGAAUCGCUGAAUAGUGUAACCAAUGAAACGUUGAAUGCGAUAAGAAUGGUAGUCAGAGCUACAAGGCAACCAGAAUACCGGAAACUUUUUGAACUCGCAAACAUACCGCUUCCCAAAUUGGAUGUUGUUACUCGAUGGGGAUCCCUGUGGAGCAUGGUAGAAAGCGUCUACAAGUAUCGAAUUUUCUACGAAGACAUGGGAACAAAAAUUCCCGAGCUACGAUUGCUGAGCACCCAGUGGUCAUUCAUUGAGGACUUUAUCGCUGCCUACGAGCCGAUCUACAAGUCUGCUGAAUCGUUCCAGGAUGACAAUUAUACGAUGGGCGAUGUUUACAAAAUGAUUAAAUUGGUUCAGUACAAGGUGAAAAAACUUCCACCAAUAAAUCGCUUCGUUCCACCUAUAUUGCAAGCGAUUGACAACAAAAUGAAACUAUUAUUUGACAAUGAUCUAUUCAAAGUUGCAUUGCUUUUUGAUCAGCGCUGGUGCUUCUUGGAUUCACCUUACUACCCGAAGGAAGACAAACUGCGUGCAAUUGACUACGCACUCAAAAUCUUCAACCUAUUGAAGUCAAUCAAAAACUACUCGGUGGAACCACUCACCAAAAUGGAAGACAUCAACGAUCACGUUCCCGUAGAUGACUUCGAGGCCAUGCUGGAAGAAGAAUGUCAACAUGAAACCAGCACGAUGGAAAACUCCCAAGUUGACCUCAAACUGAAGCUGAUCCAGCUGGCAAAUACGAAAACCCGAAUGCCCAUAGCCACCGACAUUCUGAAGCACUGGGAGGCCAGAAGGAUUGAGGACAACGAUCUGUACGAGCUGGCUAUGAUUGCGCUCGGUACGCCAGCCACACAGGUCACCCUGCGCCGAUGCUACACGUCUAUCAAAUUACUUAAAGAACAGCAACAUCUGCGAAUGUCCCCACAAACGCUGCAUGAUAUGAUGAUCAUAAAACUGAACUUGGACCUUCUACCGGCAGCGGUUACCACGCUUCGACAAGGUUUAUAUACUUCCUAAAUAAAACUGCGCUAAUGCAUGGCAGUGUCUAAUGUACAAAUUUUUGUAAAUAUACUAUUCUGCGUAGCAGAGUUUACUAAUUACGUAUAAAAUGGAAA